AUGGCUCUUCAACAAUUGCACCAGAAUUCAAAAGAGAAUCCCACUCUAACCCUAAAGGGUGCGUUGGAGAGUUUCAGCCGCAGCCUGACAUCGAGCGAAAAGCAACAGUACCAGAAUUGCAGCACAACGCCCGCUGUUACAAAUGUGGUUGAGUUCGUGGCACAAAUUGAUGCCAGCAACAAAAACAACAGGAGAUGUGUUGCACCCCGCCUAUGUACAUUCCUCGAGUCCAUUCAACAGUUCAGUGGGGUGGUGGACACUUUCAUCAACUCCAAUCCUGAUAUCUCCGCUCUUGUGUGGGGAUCGGCGAAGAUGGCCAUUCUCAUUGCCGCCAAUGUCACGUCGUAUUUCGAGAAAAUUACCAGCAUCAUCAUGACUAUUGGGAAAAUGUGCCCCACGUAUCAAGAAUUCGGUCAACUUUACCCCGGUUGUGUCGGCCUCCAACGCGCCCUGUCGGACUUCUAUGCAGGGAUAGUCCAUUUGUGCAUCAAGAUCGUUGAAAUAUCUCGCCGCAGUACGAUUAGGCAGACAAUAUCGUCUGUUUUGGUUCCCUUUGAGCUGGAGUUCAAACCUUUCAUCGAAAAGCUUGACCAAGACACCAAAGACAUUUAUUUGCAAAUAUUGCUGGCUUCGGAAAAGGCUGAGCAUGAGAGCAGAAAGCUUUUACAAUGUGAACAACGAGAGAACGCAACGUUCCGUCCACUUGCACUGAGCACAUUCAAAAACACCAUUAAGCACCAAAGCGAGGCAAAUACAUGGCGAGUCCAUCAGCAAGCGAGAAAAACCGCGAAAUUGAGGUCCAAUAUCAGGAGCAAUCUAUCGACCAUCAAUUAUAUUGCUAAUUGGAGACAAGCUAUACAGCCACGUGUCUCACAGACUGCAGAGUGGCUCCUGACUGAACCUGAAUUUGUGGAAUGGAAGGAGAGCAAACAAGCCGCGAUUCUAUGGUGUUCGGGAACAAUGGGAAUGGGCAAAACGGUGCUGAUCGCCAACGUGAUUGCUCACUUUCAUGCCAAUCGAGAGAUGUCUGAUAUCAUCGCGUAUCACUUUUGCCGAAGUGAUAAUGAGACAUCUCUGUCAGCAAAGAGCAUACUUGGCAGUCUGGCGCGUCAGAUCAUAGACAGCCAAAUCAGCAACAGUGGAUACGACGACCUGGUGGAUCUGCAUGAUAUAACGAAAAAUCUCCAAGCAACAGAAAUUGGCGCGACUGAGAUGACAGACUUCAUCUUGUCUCAUCUUAGGGCCGGCCAGAAAUACUACAUCAUUAUUGAUGGGCUUGACGAAUGUGACAGUAGCGAGAUUCGCGAAGUAGCGCAAUGUGUAAGACGUCUUUGCAGCGAAUCCCAACAAAACCUGAAGAUCCUCUACUCGAGCUGGCCAGAGAUUGGGGAUACUAUCUUCGCAACGGGGCCUGAUUUCAAAGUCUCGGUGAACAAAAGCAGUGUGAACUCGGACAUGCAACACUACAUCACAGCUACACUCGAUCGAUGCCUAGCCGAACACGAACUAAAACUUGGUAACCCGAUGCUCAUUCUUGACAUCACAACCUCUUUACUGAAUGGGUCAAAUGGAAUGUUUCUCUGGGCGCGUCUUUUAAUUCAAGAUCUUUGCUCACUGACUACCGAUGAUGAAAUCUUGGAAGCAUUGAAACAUCUUCCGCUUAGCUUGUCUGAAGUUUUUGAUCGGAAGAUGGAUCGCGUGUGCGAGAAACCGGGAGCGAAACUAGCCAUCUCCCUUCUCAGGUUCUGCGGUGUGACAAAGCGUCCGAUGUCUACCACAGAGUUCAAAGAAGCCCUAAGCCUGCACCCAGAUCAAAAAGAUCUCGAUCCAACAAAGAUUCCCACCGACAUGAAUCGAGUUAUCAGAAACUGUUGUGGCUUGGCAUUCGUUGACGAAGAGGAUGAUACUGUCCACUAUGUCCACCACAGUGUAAAGCAACACCUCUUCACUGGCCUACAUCAUGGGCCAGAUCCACCUCGUUUCGACCUCCGGAUGACGAACUUGCACAUUGGUUCACUUUGCAUGGUUUACCUCGAUUUCAAUGUUUUCAGAAGUCAGCUCGCCAAGGCUAAAUCAAAGCAGGGGAGUCUCGUUAACCCCUUGCUUCUCGAUACAAUGCCCAUUUACCGCUCGAGCAAGACUGCUAACCAAAUGGCUCAAAGGUUGCUUGUGCGUUAUCGCCAACAACUGCAGCAGUCUGGUACCCAAGACAUGGUAAAAAUGGCCCAGGAGGUUCUGGGCCAGAAAGACCCGUCCCAUGUUAGCGUCCACAGUCAUGGAUUCCAGUUCCUUGGGUACGCUCAGACAUAUUGGAUCAAUCAUGUGGCAGAUCUAGACGCUAAUAGGGACCUACGAAGUUGGGAUAGAUUUCGCCAGCUUAUAGAGCAUGACCACUCCCCAGCACUCAAACCAUGGGAGUUAUGUUACUUUUCACAGUAUGAGCAGCAGAAGGGACCAAGAGAGCUGUUAUGGGCAAUCGUCGAAGGCCACUUUUCCAUGCUCCUUUUCCAUGCUAGGGAUCUCCCUGAGACCAUGACGGAAACUGUUAAGCGGAUGGUGAUUCAGGCCGCUGUCGCUCAUGGUGACUGUCGAUUGGUCAAAAUUGUUCUGGAAAUUGAAGGCCUCCGGCUUUCUCUUGCCAUUCUGAACGAAGGUCUUCUAUGGAGUGCUGCAGAAGGACGAAUUCAGCUUUUGACGACAAUUUUGAAAGCAGGUGCUGAGAUUGACAGCGACGUCAAUUCUCAGACCCCCCUUCAGGCUGCUGUAGCGGGUGGUCAUCUUGAAGCUGUCAAUCUCCUUCUGGCAGGAGCCGCCGAUGUCAAUGCAAGUCCUGGACAAAGUGGCCAAACUGCUCUUCAAGCCGCCGCAGCCACAGGCCAUCGGGCUACAUUUGAGACACUGUUGGCCGCAGAUGCUGAUUUUAAUUCUCCUCCUUCUGAUAUAAGCGGUAGAACCGCGCUUCAGGCUGCUGCAGAAGCUGGGCAUUCAGACCUCAUGCAAGCCCUCAUUUUGGCGAAGGCGGAUGUGAAUGCACCAUCAGCGCCAUCCGGUGGCCGUACAGCCCUGCAAGCCGCAUUAGAAAGAGGCCACGUUGAAAUCAUCGAGAUACUCAUUGCCACAGGUGCUAAUAUUAAUGCCCCGGCCGCCGGCGAUGGCGUGACGGCACUACAAGCUGCUGCUGGAGAAGAUCAUUGUGAUGUGCUACAGUUGCUACUGGCAAAUGGGGCGAAUCCCAAUUCCCCCGCUCCCAAGAGCGGGAGAACGGUUCUGCAAGCCGCCGCGCAAAGUGGUCAUCUUGAAAUCGUGAAAUCUCUCCUGGCAGCAAAUGCAGAUGUCAACGCGCCCCCUGCUUCUCAUGGUGGCCGAACGGCGCUCCAGGGAGCAGCUGAAAAUGGUCAUUAUGCCAUAGCGCAAAUUCUCCUCAUAGAAAGAGCUGAUAUAAAUGCACCCCCGUCAUCCCACGGUGGUCGCACUGCCCUUCAAGCAGCAGCAGGGGGCGGUUAUCUCGAUAUUGUGGAAGAGUUGCUCAAGGGCCAGGCUGAUGUAAACGCAAAUUGCGCUGUUGACAACGGCCGAACUGCCCUUCAAGCAGCAUCGGGGGGUGGCCGUGUUGAAGUUAUCAAAGCACUACUACGAGAAGGCGCCAGGAUUGACGAACCUGCUUCUCUUGAAAAUGGUCGAACUGCCCUUCAGGCGGCAGCAGAAAAAGGUCAUACAGAGAUUGUGAGAGAUUUUCUUAAACUUCUAGGCUAUGACACCACCAGACUGGGACAAAGCAGUGGAAGGCUGCGAAAGAAUAACCAUACAAUCGCUUUACCUGUGAUUGACGCCCCUGCCUCAUCGCGCAACGGCCGCACUAUGCUUCAAGCGGCAGCACAAAAUGGACACAUUGAGGUCGUGAGAAUGUUGGUAGCCGCGAGUGCAUUGAUAAACGCACCGCCUGCUCCAUAUGGCGGCCGAACAGCUCUCCAGGCGGCCGCAGAAGGUGGUCACCUUGAAAUAGUGAGAAUGCUGCUUGCCAAUGGGCAUGAUGCCAAUGGACUGCCUGCCCCUUAUAGCGGUAGGACGGCGCUUCAAGCUGCAGUAGAGGGGGGUCAUAUGGAUGUGGUGAAGAUACUCAUAGAAGCAAAGGCUGACGUAACUGCGCGUGCAUCGACGCACGAUGGAGUAACGGCUCUUGACGCAGCGAAAAAAAGAGGCUUUCGUGAAAUUGAGAUCCUUUUGAUAGGGAAGGCAUUCGAUAGAGGGAGUGUUCAUUAG